AAGCUUUUACUGAAUUAGGGUAGAGAUGCCGCACAAGCCCAAACACAUAUAUGUGCAUUCCAGUGGUACGACUACCUCCAUACGCUUACAGUGGUGUAGGGCAUGUAUAGGCCCCACAUAUGAAGGCCAUCCAACCUGUCAGUCAGCUAUGUCACAUCAUAUUACCCUCAUGUGCUAGAGUAGACCCUCAUGUGGGAGGGGCCUGAUCAAGAUCAACGGCUGCCCGAUCCAGCCGGUGCAGCCGGAGAUACUCCGCUACGAGGCUUAGGAGCCGAUCCUCCUCCUCGGCAGGCAGCGCUUCUCGGCGUUGACAUGAGGAUCCAGGUCAAGGGUGGGGGCCACACCUCUCAGAUCUACGCCAUCCGUCAGAGCAUUGCGAAGGCCCUGGUGGCCUACUACCGGAAGUACGUGGACGAACAAUCAAAGAAAGAAAUCAAGGACAUCCUGGUCAGAUACGAUAGGACGCUCCUCGUUGCUGAUCCCAAGCGCUGUGAACCCACGAAGUUCGGUGGUCACGGCGUUAGGGCUCGAUUCCAGAAGUCUAACCGUUAGAAGUAGAAAAGGAGAAUGAAGGGAUAGAUGGAGGUUUCUUCCUCCUCUUCUCUUGUCGUGUUCUUCUUCAGCUCUCUUGAUUUUGGAUAUGACAUUAGAACUCCGCUAUUAAUUUUGGGAGAUUUCCAUAUUAUCAUUUCAGUGGUUUCGACUUUUAAGAAUCUUUUAUCUUAUGUCUGAUUGCGAGAUAUUACGAUGUUUUUAUUUUUUUUAU